AUGGCGGUCCAGCUUGGAGAUAUCGCCCUAGUGAAGAAUUUGUUAAAUAACGGGGCUGAUUUAGAAGCCAGAAAUGGGGAAGGUCAGACGCCAUUACAUAUUGCGACUCUGAAUCACAAUCUUGAGGUAAUAAAGGUGCUAUUUGGUGCAGGUAUCAACGUGGAGGCCAAAGACAACAAAAGAACAGCCCCAAUCCACUAUGCUGCCGACUCCGGCAAAGAGCUCAUCGUACGAUUACUAGUGAACAGGCUUUUAGAGAUGAAAUCUACCGUUGAUAUACCGGACCGCCAAGGGGCAACAGCUCUCUACAGAGCAGCAGCAAAUGGCCAUGCUUCUAUUGUCUCAAUUCUACUUCAGGUUGCCGCAGACAAAUCAGGAAGACCAGGACUGAGACUCACGGAAUCUACAAAUUCAGCGCUAAAAGCUGCUAUUAGUGGAGGUUACCAAGAGGUGGUGGAUGUAUUACUAUCUGCUGGUUGUCGCCCAACUCAUUCAGAGUUGGAAAAGGCAGUAGUCGGUGGCAACCUAGAUAUAGUCGAUGCUCUUUUAAACGCCGGUGCAAAUGUCAACAAGAGACCAUCUCGUUUUAACAGAACUGCACUCCAGGCUGCUAUAGAAGGGCGUCAUGAAAUGAUUGUAGCAAGGCUAUUAGCCGCUGGUGCUCGCACAGAUGAGGAAGUGUGGGAUGGGAGCUAUAUCAUGACGCCAUUACAUAUAGCCGUGAGAACUUCACAGCGAUCAGUUAAUAUAGUCAAGAAAUUACUAGCUGCGGGAGCCAACGUGAACGAAAUUGGGGGAAAUUUGCAGACGCCUUUGCAGGAGGCUACAGGGCUAGGGGACGAAGAGAUGAUAGAAUUGUUAUCAGCUGCUAGUGCUGAAGCUAAUCCUGGGAGAGAAAUCUCAUGCGCAGCACUAUUACCGGGCUUUGAAACAAACGGGCGUGGAUUCUUUGCGAAUUACUUUUUGGGUGCUUGCCCUGAUCCAGCCGCUACUGAGACCAAUUCCGAAAAGGGCAACCAAUUAUAA